GAGACGAAUUGCUGUAUAGUAUUGCCACUGAGCAUAGGCCUGACGAACGCAUCUUCCGGGCGCCUUUUCAGGAUGCUUUGAGCGACACCAAGGCAGAAAUGCGAGAGAUAUCCCUCGCUAUUUGGGGCUGUACUGCAGCACAUCAGGCUGGCACUGAUUUGUAUGCUCUACGUCAGCAGGCACAAGCUCUAAGCGAGUUUGAACCAUCUCGAACGAGAACUGUUGGCCUCGUGGGAGACUCGGGUGUUGGGAAGAGCAGUCUCAUUAAUUCUCUUCUUGACCGACCCGAUUUGGCGCGAUCUAGUGGUGAUGGUAGCGGCUCCACCUGUGUCGUGACAGAGUAUCGCUUCAGACCAGCUCAUCAUGACGAACCUUUCGGAAUCGAGGUAGAUUACAUGAGCUCUGAAGAGGUCAAAGAGCUUCUUGAGGAGCUCCUUAGGACCUAUCGACAGUUCUAUAUCCCUGCAUUCCAAGAGGUCGAUACUAUCGAAGAGCAGACCGAAAUCCGGGAUAAAUCUGCCAAGGCGUGGACUACGCUACAUGCCAUGUUCCGGAACGAGCCGCGACUAACAAAGGAGCUUUUGCUGGCAGCUUCAACUGACGAAGAUGCCUCAUUACUCAAAACUCUUGAAGAAUGGGCGACCAAAGUCCUCUCAACUCGUCCCGGUGGGCCCAGCUGUCGCAUUUGGUCAGGCACCGCCGACAGUGUCGACGAAUGCGUUGAUCGAGUCGAGCAAUUCAACCGAGACUCCACGGAUGAGACUGCUCCUUCACUGUGGCCGUUCGUUAGAAUCAUUCGGGUUUAUCUUCGCACCCCGCUCUUGCAGACCGGCCUUGUGCUGGUGGAUCUUCCAAGUCUUCGGGACUUGAAUCACGCUAGAGUAUGUUCUAUUGAACGAUACCUGCGGAACUGCCAUGAAGUGUUUGCGGUGACCACCAUGAGUCAAGCACUAGCGGAUCAAGGCGUGCUGGACACCAUCCGAAGGAAUGGUCGACAUCGCCCUCUUCGAAUUGUGUGCACCAAGUCCGAAAACGCCAACGGGAGGGAAAUCGAAAGGAAAGCUCCACCUGAUGUUGCGCUUCAAAUCCGGACUUGGAGAGAGCAGAUCCAGAGCCUUCAUUUGCAAUUAAAGAGAUGUGAGGCUCGUCGGCGACAUAGGCUGCCUGGCUCUGUCGAAGAGGAGAUUGCGAAUCGUGAUGUUCUUGAAGAAAUGGAGUUCGGUCUCAAAAAACUACUCAUAGAACGGCAGAAUCAUUCCGUAGCUACGAAACUUAUCGAUAGAUACGCCAUGGACGUCCAGAUGGCCGACCUAAAGAUUUUCUGUGUCAGCAACAAGGAUUAUUUCGAGCACCGUCACGACGAGCAGAACCGAGCAGAGUUGAGACUGGAGUUGAGCGGUAUUCUGGGUCUACGCCGAUAUUGCCACUCCAUCCCAGCAGAGGCCCAAUUUAUUGCUGCGGCUGCUUUCAUUGAGCAUGAGGCGCCUGCUCUUGUUGGAUCUCUACGGCAAUGGAGUGUGGCGGGCUCCGAUCAGGUACCUGAAAAAGUGGCAGAAGACCUGAGGCACCUGAUGAAGCAGACUGAAGAAGUUCUCACCAAGAAAUUGGUGCUCGGCUCUUCUGAGAUUCAGGUAGCGAAAAACAACCUGAACAGAGAAUUUGCCGCUUCCAUCGUCCACCCAAUUAGAGAGCAACGCCAUGACUGGAUAAAAGCCGCAACGGAAGUUAGCCGCGAAUGGAUCGUCUACAAGCCCAGUGCCUUCGCCGCCUUCUGCCGCAAAUACGGCAACCACGAAACCCGCGCCGUCGGCGCCCACAAAUGGAACGAAGACCUCAUCCGCGUCAUGCGCCUUCAAUUGGAGAGCAACUGGGGCUUCUUCCAAGAAUGGAUUGAAGACUGCAAAAAGGACGUCAUCGACUCCGUCCACGACGUCUUCGACUCCGUCUGCCAACCCCUCGAAGCCUUCAAAGACGCUUCCCCCAACGCGGUCCGCAAUAUGCUGGACAACUUCGCCGCCCACCGCGACUGCAUCAUCCACAUCGUCGACACGGGCUUCGAGGACCUGAUCGAGGGAACCUCGCAGAUCGAAAACGACGCGCUGUACGGCCACGACAGCUCCUACACCUGCGAUAUCCUCCGCCCGGCGUAUCAAGCGUGUAGCCUCGAAAGUGGCCCCGGCAGCGACGCCCGCCGCAAAGAAAUCAUGAGCAAGCACAUCCAGCAAUGCCGCCUCUUCCCCAAGCUGUCCACCAUGGUCGAGCGCAACCACCGCAGCUUCGUGCGCGCGACGUUUGACGGCAUGAUCAGCGCUAUUACGCGCGAGCUGGAUAACUUUGUCCGCGAUCUGCAGCUCGUGGCUGUGGAGGAGGGCGAGGAGACGGAGGCGGGGCGGUAUCCGGAGUUUGCGCGCAGGCUGAGGGUUCGGCUGGUGCAGGCGGAUCGGGUGUUGGGGAAAUGUGCAGAGACGGCAAGGGAGCUUGGAGAGUUGGUUGAGGAGGGGGGGAGGGAUUAUUGAGGGAGCGUCGAGAGUUUUGUGAGUUUUGUAAAGAGGGGAUAUUAUACAGUGCGAUGAUGGAAUGGAUGAAGGGUUAUGAGGAUUAUCUGGCGUAAGGGGUGUAUAAGACAGCAUACAGUCCUCUUGUAUAUAGGGAAUGGACGCAUUGAUUGAGGUUUUAGGUAAUGAAGGAAU